AUGUGGGCGUUUCGGGAGUCGCUGCGGCCGAUCCGGGGCGACCUGGCGGAGGCGGUGCAGACGUGCCUGGAGGCGGCACUCUGUGAGCAGGGGGGCUUCAACCACCUGCUGAAGGCCGCGAGCUUCGGGCGGCACUUCGCGGAGUCCGCGGGGCCGCCGGACCGGCACCGGGAGGCCUGCCGCAGCCUGCGCAUCUGCACGGAGCUGCGGAAGGCGCCCAUCGAGAUACCCAUCACGGCCCAGCAGCUCGAGAAGCUGGGCAUGGCAGGCUUGACGCUGCGCCUGGCGCAGCGGCAUUUCCACCUGCUGGGGGCCAGGAUCUGCGAGUGGGUGGGCCACUGCCCGGAGAAGAUCCUCUUCCACUGGGCCUGCGCCAAGAUCCGGAGGGCCAAGGGCUCGCCCCAGACGGACGAGCAGCUCUGCCACGCCAUCUUGGAGAAGUUCCAGCGCUGCCCGGGCAUCGGCUUCGCGGAGGUGGCGCGGGUGGCGGCGGAGAUGUAUCGCCCGCAUUUGGCCACGCUGCUGUUGAACCACGAGCCCCGGAGCCACGCGCAGAUCCAGGUCUUGGUGCAGCUGAGCCGCGGGGACGAGAGGGACCGGGAGAUCAUGCUGCGCCUGGCCUUCGAUAAGGUGCUUCCAAUGUAA